AAGAGCUACUACCUCUUUCUCAUUUGUGCAUAAAAUAAUAAAGUCAAAGUAAACAUAAAUAAUGUCAAAUAUAAUAAAUUAAUAUCAACUAGUACUAAAAAAAAAAAAGCUCUCGUAUAAUUUUCUCAUUUUGGUGGCGAAUAUGGAGAAAGAAGAAAAAAAAAAACCUCACAUAAAUACAUAUGGUAUACAAGUAAAUACAGACGGUAAAUAGCGGGAAGGUUUUGGAAGCGUUGCUUCACUAAUCAGUAAUCACUAUCGUGAACGCUCAACGGCUCAACUGAAGCAUUCUUUCAGUUUCCUUUAGUUUUUCCCGCGCUCAUGUUAACCAUGGCAACAACAACUUCCACCAACAAUUUCACCUUUUGGGUUUCAUCUUCUUAUCAAAAUCACUCAAAAAUUACCCUCAAUCAUCAUAAAUUUUCGUUCCCACUUUUCAAACCCACUUCAAUCAUCAACCCAAAAUCAUCAAGUUUCAUGUUACAAACCCCCAUUAAAACCUCAGCUGUGCUGAAUAAACCCAAUAUAUCACACAAACUUACAGAUUGCAAUCAGAAAAUUCGACAUUUUUGCGAAGUUGGUAAAGUGAAAGAAGCUGUUGAUUUGCUCUGUAGUUCAAUAACGUCGAAUUUAGAGUUGGGCACUUAUUGCUUAGUCCUUCAACGUUGUGCGGAGCAGAAGUUAUUGCGUGAGGGUCGUCGAGUUCAUUCAGUCAUUUCGUCGAACACUUUGCAGGGGGACAGUGUUUUGGGUGCUAAAUUAGUGUUUAUGUAUGUGAAUUGCGGGGAUUUAGUUGAAGGUAGGAAAAUAUUUGAUCAAAUUGCGAAUGAGAAGGUAUACUUGUGGAAUAUAUUGAUCAACGAGUAUGCAAAAAUUGGAAAUUUUAAAGAAGGUGUAUAUUUGUAUAACAAAAUGAAGGAAUUUGGUGUUGAAUCUGAUUCGUAUACUUUUUCUAGUAUUUUGAAGUGUUUUUCAGGAUUAGGGUUGUUAAAUGAAGGUGAAAAGGCUCAUGGGUGUUUGUUGAAGUUGCAUUUUGGUGUUAACACUGCAGUUGUGAACACCCUUAUUAGUUUUUAUUUCAAGUUUGGGAGGGCUGAAAGUGCGCAGAAGCUGUUUGAUGAAUUGCUUGACCGAGAUGUUAUAUCAUGGAAUUCUAUGAUUAGUGGGUAUACGUCGAAUGGAUGUCCAAUGAAGGCGGUCGAUGUUUUUAAGCGGAUGAUUUGCACUGGUGCAUUGCCCAACUCAACAACUUUGAUAUGUGUUCUUGCAGCUAGUGCAGACAUUGGUGUUCUUGGGUUUGGUGGAAUGCUUCAUUGUUAUGCAGUAAAAACUGGUUUUGAUCAGGAUUUGAUUUGUAACAAUACAUUGCUUGAUAUGUAUUCCAAAUGCAGUGAUUUGAAUUGUGCGAUUGAGGUUUUCGAGAGUAUGGGUGAUCGGAAUAUUGUUUCGUGGACUUCCAUGAUAGGUACCUAUGCACGAGAAGGUCUAUCUGAGGCUGCAGUGAAAUUGUUUCAUGAAAUGAAAAACAAGGGUGUUAGACCCGAUACCUUUGCUAUGACUACUGUGUUGAAUGCCUGUGCUUCAGGUGGAUUGUUGGACGAUGGCAAGGAGGCACACGAGUAUCUCAAAAAGCACAAUAUGCAGUCAGAUUUAUCAGUAUGUAAUGCUCUUAUAGAUAUGUAUAUAAAAUGUGGAAGCAUGGAGGAUGCAGAAUUAGUCUUCAGUCAGUUGUCUUCGGUAGACAUAAUCACCUGGAACACUAUGAUUGGUGGUUACUCAAAGAAUGGCCUUCCCAACGAAGCACUGAUUUUAUUUCUACAAAUGCAACGUGAAUUUCAGCCGGAUGGUGUAACCAUGUCUUGCAUAUUACCUGCUUGUGCAAGCCUAGCUGCCUUGGAAAAGGGAAAACAAAUCCAUGCCUACGUAGUCAGAAAUGGACAAUUUUCUGAUCAGUAUGUUGUUAAUGCACUUGUUGACAUGUAUGUGAAGUGUGGGCAACUGGCUUUGGCCCGUUUAACAUUUGAUAUGAUUUCUAACAAGGAUUUGUUUUCAUGGACAAUAAUGAUUGCGGGAUAUUGUAUUCAUGGACUGGGUAGUGAAGCUAGUAUCACUUUUGAUGAGAUGAGAAGUGACGGGAUUGAACCAGAUGAGACUUCCAUCACAUCUAUAUUAUAUGGUUGUGUUCACUCUGGAUUGCUUAAUGAGGGAAGGAGAUUUUAUCACAUGAUGGAAAAGGACUAUAACAUUGAGCUCAAGUUGGAGCAUUACUUUUGCAUGGUGAAUCUCCUUGCUAAUGCCGGUAGGUUGAUAGAAGCAUAUAAAUUCAUCGAAAGUAUGCCACUGAAGCCUGAUUCUGCUUUUUGGGGUGCUUUACUUCAAGGUUGCAGAGUACACCAUGAUGUCAAACUAGCAAAAAAGGUGGCUGAGCGUAUCUUUGAGCUUGAACCAGAUAACACAGAAUACCAUAUGCUUCUUGAAAACAUUUAUGAAGAGGCUAAAACAUGGGAGAAGGUUAAAUGGUUGAAGAACAGAAUCAGCCAUCUUGGACUAAAAACGAAUCAGGUUUGCAGUUGGAUAGAAGUUAAGGGGAAAGUUCAAAUCUUUAUUGCAGAAAAUACGACUGCACACCCAGAGUUCAAAAAGAUAGAGACAUUCUUAAAGAAGCUACGAGUGAGGAUGAAGAAUGAAAAUUACUCUACCAAAGCAAAGCACACAUUGAUUGAUGCACAGGAGUUGAAGAAAGAAGUGUCUCGUUGUGGACACAGUGAGAUAUCAGCUGUGUCUUUUGGAGUUUUGACUUUGGCACCAGGGAAGACUAUACGUGUUACAAAGAACUCAAGGGUUUGCCAUCAAUGCCAUGAAACAGCAAAGUAUAUCUCAAAAGCUGUUGGUAGGGAAAUCGUCUUGAGAGAUUCUCAUCGUUUCCACCAUUUCAAGGAUGCACGUUGUUCUUGUAAAGGUUAAUGUUAAAGAGGUUCUAUAUAGUCUUAACUGAAAACGGCUUGGAGAGCUCCCUGUCUUCUUUCCACCGCUGAUAUAUGUAGAUUGCAGGCCUGUGGAGCUCUCAUAUUAUACAUUGAUGCUAGAACUAGCCAGCAUAGUUUAUAGGCCCAACAACUAUGCUUUGUUUCCACUGAGUGAAAGAUACACAGUCGAAGAUUCAUAUGGGUGAUUUGUGCGAACCAUCAAUCUCAUCCCUCAGGUCGUCAAUCCAACAACAUCAUGGAACCAGCAUGUAUAUCUUGCAUUUCUCUUACUUAGUUUUGGUCAUCUGAGGUGUUCUCUCUGAGGGGAUAAUGGAUACAGUGAUUCAUUAUAGCAGAGUACAGCGUUUGCUUCUGCUAUUAAUGAUCAGAUGUACAUGGAGUACACUGUACAUAGAUUUCCGCCAAUAGACAAGGACUGAAACUUCCAGAGUUGCAGCCUCUACUAAUCACAACAGUCAGGCCUGAAUCCUAGCCCAGGUAAGUUACUUAUAUAGUGAUUCUCUAAAUAUAACGAGGCAUCUUGUAUUAUGAUCCUGGUGUAUUCGAAGUUCCGAUUUAUAGUACUUAAGAUGAAUUCCUAGCUACAUGACUUAUAAAAUAUUCAGCUUUUGUGCCAAUUUUAAGAUAGGAAUUUUUUUUUUUAGACUUAGUUACAGUGCUCUUGUUUGCAUCUGAUCAAUAACCUACUUCGAGGUCGUUCCAGUAUAAAAAGGGGUGAGGUGAAAGUGUCAAUCUUUAGUACUCUUAGCGUAAAAAGUAAAACCAGCUUGUGUUUAUAUAUGAAUGUUUUCUGCAGAUGAUUAUAUUUGUAACAGCCCAUAGGUGUAAGUUUGUUUGGUAAUUGAUUUGGGAGUCAUAGAGGUAUGCGUCGAUGUUGGGUGACUCAUAGAAACCUGAUAUCACGAUGAUGCACUUGCUAUCCAGGUUUGUAAUAUGAUAGCCAAUUCUGAAGUUGGUGACGUGUUGAAAAAGAGCGUAGAAACAGAGGUUCUUUAAUCUUUAAUUUGCAGUAUCACUAGCUCUACUACUAUAUAAGUAUCAGAUGCAUUAGCUACUCUCACAUUUACCUUAGAUCUGACUGCAUGCCCUCGACUCCCCGUAAAUCUAUGAGGUUAAUGACUUGCCUGGCUGUAAUAGGAAUGCGAAGGAGCAGUUUGUGCUCAAGUUUUUAGCUACCAUAAUAUCUGCUUUUUAGCACCAAAUUUUCGUGUCUGUAACCUAGAAAAUUUUGUGUUGCAAAAGCUAAGUUAUACCUCUUAUGUGUUCUGUAACUCUUUCCUUUCGUGAGAAUAUACUUGAUUAAGUAAUUGUACUCUGUAUUUCGGUUCUGACAGACUGACAGUGCCUGAAAGUUAGUUUUCUAUAUUUUGGUAGCCUGGUCCUCCACUUCAAGAUAACUGGUAUCAUCUCCUCUUCAUUUCUUUCAUCAUUUAUCUAUUUUUGUGUCUGUAACUUUAAGUAGAAAUUUGAAUUUUGAUAUAUAGGCAUAGCCAAUUCUACUAUUAUCAUUGUGCUAUAUGUGAUGCAAACAUGUAUUUGUAGUUUUCCAGGAGAUUUGGCUGGGUUUCCUAUGAGAUUUUAUGCUAUACGCUUACGCGAGUUUUAUGUCAAGUACUUGUGUGUGUUGGUUAUCUCUUGCACAUUAGAGAUGAUCCUUGCAUUCUGACUUUCUCUUGCUACUUCCUCCUGUAGUUUGUUUACUGUUUUAGUGUUGAUAGCGUCUGUACUCUGUAGUAUUUAUUUAUGAUCUUUGAAUUCUAAAAUCUGUUUACAGUCAGUGACUUGGUUCUCUAAUGUUGACAAUAUGAGCUCUAUCUUUUUCCUUUCUGAAAAUACCAUAGAAUUGUUGAUUUUCAGGUGGAAAGUAUUCAUUAGUAGACUAAAUCUAUGGGAGCGCCUAUUUUCCUACCUAAUUCUUGUAUGAGACGGGUGUAUACACUAAUGCAUUGUACCAUGAAGGUAACUUUUUGUUUUGUUAGGUCACUUGUAUAAAAAUGAAUCUUUUAAGGUAAGAAGUUAUUUGUCAAACGGAGGGGUAAUUAUUUUAAGUUAAAGAUUACCCUUUAUUUCAAAGUAACACCUUAAUUUGAAGAGUGACCCAUUACAAUAAAUUUAUUGUACAUCUAGUAUAUACAGUACUAAUUGAUUUUCCUAAUAGAAGUGACUUCGCGGGGGUGUUGAAUAUGAACUAGUGGAAUGUUUAAUUAUGUAACCGGAUACUAUUGGAUUAACUGAAUGUGAAAUUUGUCAAUCAUUAACUAAUUCCUACACUGUUUAUGCAUGCUCUUAGUCACAAAUAUGCUUUUAAAUGGGAUCUCAUGAGAGAUUAGCCAAGAGUGCAUCUAUUGAUGUUUGUUGCUCGUGUUCCGAAAAUGUUAUCGAGGCAUGGAUCAUUAAACAUUAUCUUAAACCAACCCGAAUGGCUUCAAAGGCUUUUGGAUACUGCCCUAUGUUUAUUCCUGGUAAAGAUAUGGCUUUAGGUGGUACCUUAUCACUUUAGGAUGCAUCACAUGAGGUUUUCUUCUCAGGUAGUUACUUGUGGGGAUGUCCUCGAAGCCUUUAUUAAAACCUUUAAAUUUAACAAUUGUAACAAGGAUGUUUUGGCCUAAUGGUUAAGAUUGAGGUGCUGUGAACGAUAUGUUACAUGCCCAAAUCCUCCAUCUCAUUUGUUGUACUUUGUACUGCCUUUGUGACUCAUAUGGAUAAAAAAAAUUAACAAUUAUGGGAAUGUUCAGGUUUCAAUGAUUUUUUUUAUAUCAAGGAUCCUUCCAAGGAUAUCGAGAUACCAUAAAAUGCCUGUUACUGCUUAUGAUAAUAUUAUAUGAUGAUAAAAACGAAAAAUGCGCAAUAGUUAUAGACACAUAAAACAAAUGAGGGCCAAUCACGAGCGUAGGGACUUAAAACCUUACAACGAUUAUUUAUUUAUGAGAAACUCAAAGAGGGAAACUGUUUCAUUAAAUCAACGUGAGCAUCAGAAAUAACAGACAACGAAAACUUCGACUCCCACACUCUUUCACCCAACUCUAUUUGUUGAAGGUGAGCCAAAUUAUGUGCAAUAGAAUUACCACAACACUUAAUAAAAGACCAAAUGACAGAAUCAUAACUACUAACAAGACAACAAUAUCCUCUACAAUUAAAUGAAAAGUGCACUCUCCCGAACUUACAAACUUAAGAGUGUUUACUACUCUUAAUAAACCAAGCAUGCACGCCAAUUUCAUUUCUUUAAACCAAGCCAAAAGAAAACAAAAUUUUAAAGUAUCCAACAUGAUAAUAUCUUUCAGAACAUCAUAAAGAAUAAACCCCUAGGAUAGAUUUUUAUUAGAUUCACAACAUUCAUCCCAAUUUCCACAUACCGACAUGCACCACAAAAAUAAAAUCCAAAAACAUUUAAAAGACCAAAAAUAAAAUUGCCAAAACUUGACAAUAUCUACUCCCAUAAUAAAAUGGAUAAAGCAAGAGUUACAACAUUAUUCCAUCAUAAAGUCCAUCAAAACAAGAAAGGUCGAAAAUUAUAUAAAUCAAGUAUACUUUCAAAAACAUCAAGCAAGGCUUGGCCUAGUAAUAAAGGUUUAGUCUCAUAACUUAAAUAUUAUAGAAUCAAACCCUAUUAAGACGUCUCCAAAUUAAGAUUCCUUAUUAUUUCCCAUCAAUAUCAAACAAUCUGACCCUUAAAACUAACUAAAAUUAAAUAUAUCUACAAAAUGUCAAUACAAUAACGUCCGUUAUCUUACCUAUAUAAAAAAAAGGUAUACUUCCAAAAACUAGUACUACAAUUACAAUUUACAUCUACUCCAUUCCAUAUAUAUUGUGGUGAUGUGGUCAAUGAGGCUUCCAUGUAACCCAUCCAAUCAAAACUUAGAUAGACUCAAAUUUCAUUACUCAAACUUUUCUUAAAUACAACAUCUUUCUUUCUCUCUCUCUCUCCUAUUCCAUACCAUUUCUUUCUUCCUUUCACAUACUUAUAAAACUUAGUCGACGUGUACAACUUUCUCACCACUUUCACCUCAAAAAAAAUCAAUCCAAACACCCACACACAAAAAAAAACCUCAAAUCUCCCAUAACAUUCUCAUAUCAUCAAUAUCAUCAUCAUCCCCUUUUUUUCUAUUUCCUCCAAAAAU